UUAAAAUGAUUGGAGACAGACAGACCUUCAAGCCUAUAAAUAUCCCCUAUUGGUUGUUUCCGUUGCCAAAGAGUAUACAGGCAAGAGAGAGAAAUGGAGAGAAAGUGCCAUCCUUUGUUGAGAGGUGGGAGGAGAGAAACCAGGUACAGCCAUGGCUUCUCUGCAGCCGAGAUGGAGUCAUUGGCCAGUGUCUGUGAAGCCAUCUUGCCACCCAUGGAAGGCCAAGCCAACAACAAAGCAGUCCCUGAAGAGGUUGCUGAGAUCAUAACGGAGAGGGGAUUCUUUGAGUCUGUGAUCUUGCUCAGAGUGGUUUUAGCAAUUCUCUCAACGAGGCUCGGAACACUGAUUCUUUGUGGGACUCCCUGUUUUGCUGACAAAUGGCCAUUCAUCAACAAGUUCUCUGAGAUGUCUCUAGAGAGCAGAGAGAAGGUCAUCCAGAAAUGGCUAAGGCACUGCUUCUUCACGCCCAUUAGACUUGCUUUCGUCUUCGUCAAAUUCUUGGCUCUCUACGUCUUCUUCUCCCAGGUUGGUGAAAAUUUGGAUAAUCCAACAUGGGAAGCAAUGGGGUAUCAAGUAGACAGUGCAGAGAACUUGCCCAAGGACCAAAAGGAGAGGCCUCUUCAGAAAGGACUGGUGGAAACUAUACAUGAGAAUGAAUCGACCCUAGUCCAUUUCCUGAAGCAGAAGGGCCUCGUCGUUACGGAAAAUCCUGAAGAGAACAUCUACAAAAUCAAGUGUGAUGUGGUCAUAGUUGGCUCGGGCAGUGGUGGAGCUGUUGCAGCAGGAGUUCUUGCCAAGUCCGGGAAGAAAGUGGUCGUUCUUGAGAAGGGAAACUACUUCCACAGCACGGAUUAUUCUUCGUUGGAAGGCCCCUCCAUGAAUCAGCUCUAUGAACAAGGAGGGAUUCUCACUACCCUUGAUGGGAAGAUAAUGAUGCUGGCAGGCUCAACCGUGGGAGGUGGCUCUGCUGUAAACUGGUCAGCCUGCAUCAAAACACCCAAAUUGGUGCUGCAGGAGUGGGCAGAGGAUCACAAAAUCCCACUCUUCUCGAGCCCUCAGUACCUGUCCGCGAUGGAUGUGGUGUGCCAGAGAAUCGGAGUGACUGACAAAUGCGUAAAAGAGGGGUUUCAGAAUCAGAUUCUCCGUAAAGGGUGUGAAAAGCUUGGUCUAAAUGUGGAGGUGGUGGGGCGAAAUUCGUCUGAGGAUCACUUCUGUGGUUCCUGCUGUUUUGGCUGUAGAACAGGGAACAAACAAGGGGCCGAUUCCACUUGGCUGGUCGAUGCUGUGAAUAGCGGUGCAGUGAUCAUAACAGGAUGCAGAGCCGAGAGGUUCAUACUGGAAAAGGACAUAUAUGGAGGAAGAAGAGGAAGGAAAUGCUUGGGAGUGAUGGCAAAGAGCCUAAACAGAAGCAUCAGAAAGGCAUUGCAUAUUGAAGCCGAAGUAACAAUCUCAGCUUGUGGCUCCUUAUUGACACCUCCCCUAAUGAUUGCGAGCGGGCUAAAGAACCAACACAUCGGUAAAAACCUUCAUCUCCACCCGGUUCUAAUGGCUUGGGGGCACUUCCCCGAGUCUGAUUCAGAGCUCAAGGGCAGAAUCUAUGAAGGUGGAAUCAUCACCUCCAUAAAUAAGGUGGUGUCAGAAGACUUCAACGUGAGAGCCAUCAUAGAAACUCCUGCAAUAGGGCCAGGACAAUUUGCUGCGCUUUGUCCUUGGCAGUCUAGGCUUGACAUCAAGAACAGGACUCUCAAAUAUGCUAGGACUGCUCAUUUGUUUGCCAUGAUCAGGGACCGUGGCUCGGGAGAGGUUAAGCGCGAGGGCAGAAUAAGCUACAAGUUUGAUGAACUGGACAAAGAGAAUAUGAAGGCGGGGCUGAGGCAAGCACUGAAGAUCUUGGUGGCAGCAGGGGCCGUGGAGGUGGGAACUCAUCGGAGCGAUGGGCAGAGGAUUAAGUGCGGAGGGAAUAGUGAUGAGGCAUUGGAUGAGUUUCUGGGGACGCUUUCUGUAGCCGAUGGGCCGAAAUCGAUGGUGGAGAAGUGGACAACCUACUGCUCUGCCCAUCAAAUGGGGAGUUGCAGGAUGGGGAGGACUGAGAAGGAAGGAGCAGUGGAUGAGAAUGGGGAGAGUUGGGAAGCUGAGGGGCUGUUUGUUUGUGAUGCCAGUCUUCUUCCCGGCGCAGUCGGCGUCAAUCCCAUGAUCACCAUCCAGUCCACUGCUUAUUGCAUCUCGAAGAAGAUUGCAGAAUCUAUGGCAAAGGGACUCGAGCUUCAGAGAUAAAGUCAUGAAAAGUGACCAGCCAAGCCCUGAAUGGCAAAGGGACUCCAGCUCGAGACCUCCUGGGCGUGUCAGCACAGCUUUCUUCGUAAAUCUAUAUAUGAUAAUGCUAUUGCUGGAUUAUACUUGCAAUUAACAUAUAAUUGUUGCAGAGUAGAACUUGUUAUUCACGAGGAAAGAAAGAGUUGAGAAGAACAACAUUAAUCCGAACUUCACAUCAAACAAAACAAAUACAUAUUUCUUCGGUGUGCGUGCUCUGAAUCUUUGAGAUCCAUGAAAAUGGAGCCUUACGGCUUGGCUUUACUUUCUCCUCU